AUGCGUGACCUGGAGGAGAACGAGGCCGAGCACGCCGCCUACGCCAUCGAGGCCUUGCUCAAGCGCGAGCCGCGCAGCCAGUACCUUGACGACGACCGGCCCUUGAAGCCUGAGCGCAAAAUCGAGUUCCCCACCAAACCAGAGCCUCUCUGGGAACCGCCGCCGCUGCUGCCGCUCGACGCCUCGAACGACGGCGGCGUCGUGCGCCCUUACGGCUUCAACAUCCCGCCCGACUGCUCCUACUGGAUCUCGUUGCAGGCCUUCAAUCCGCACUACCGCUCCCAUGUCAAACGCGUCGUCUCAGUCCGUCAGAAACGCCUUCUCUGCCCGUACCUAUCCAUCGAGUUUGAGAAGAACGACCGGACCAUGCGCCAGGCCAUCUCACAGGUCGCCGUCGCAUCGGCUAUUGCACUGUACAACCGCUAUAAUCUGAAGCUGGAACGCAUGCGGCGUACCGCUUCGACGGCUCCCUGGGGCGCGAGACACACUGCUGUUCUGCGCCACUACAGCCUCGUCAUGGCCGGACGGUCCUACCAGUUCUGGUGCACAGAAGCCGUCCUCGGCGAGGACGAGGCGUGGAAGGGCUGCCGCAUGUUUCUUUUGUUUGAGUCCGAGUGUGACCAGCGUCACGAAGUGCGCAAGUUCGUCGACUGGAUCAACGAGAUUCACCGCUGGGGACUGACGGUGCACGGCCCCGACUGCGAGGACGACGUCAAGCACUGCAUUCAGCAGGCCACGAGGACUUCACUUCCCGACGCGCCUCUGUCUGGGUGA